AUGUUCCAGAACGUGUCCUUGGUUUGCUCGGAGCAUCCAGACUGCGGAGCAUACGCUGAGAAGAGAUGGUAUUUUUGGCGUCCGAUGACUACCACGAUCUUCAUUAGGCGGUCAUCGAAUCGAGUCACGGAACCGUUCAGAGACUAUUAUCCCGAAGCCGUUGGUGAUUUUGGGACCACCACAAAGGACAGCUUUGACGCCGAGGCCAAUGCCCCUGGACUUACAGCAGGAACACCUCGCUUCCUGCACGGCACAGAAAUCAAUUCGUCGACGCUCUGGAGCUUCUGCUAA